CAAAAAUGAUGAAGGCGAGAUCCACAUCCUAAUCCUAGUUUUAUUUGGUGCCCUGUCUCGCCAAAAUGAGCCGAUGGAGGACUUCCGCUCUUUGCUGACAAAUGCAACGAAGUGUUCUUAAUGCCCAGCACCUCGAGAUUGAAUAUGCGGAAAAGGAAGAAGGGCUAAAGUGCAAGUGUGAGCACAUGCGCCCCUCCACCACCCCUGCUCAAUGAAGAGACCUGUUAUUCGGUCGGGGCUGCGCGCGGAGGGGCUCUCCAGUAGUCUCUGCGACUGCGACCAUGCCUGGCGAGUCCUCCUCGGCUCAUUGUUGCGCGCAACAAUGAACGGCCUGCUGUGGUGCUGCGGCCUCCUGGCGGCCGUGGCCGCCUCCACCACUGGCCCGCCGACCACGUCAACCGCACCCAACAGGAAAAAUUUGCUCGACGGCCCGUUGGAGUUCGAGGACAUCCUGCCCGACAACCCAAAAGAAUACGACAAAAUGCAGCCGCCCAAGGAGGAAGGAAAGCCAACUGUGGUUUACUUCCACGUCACUGUAAUGAGUCUUGACUCCAUCGAUGAAUCUUCAAUGACGUUCGCAGCUGACAUAUUUUUCGCGCAAAGUUGGAAAGACUCGCGCCUCCGUCUUCCAGACAACAUGACUUCCGAGUACCGGCUGCUUCCCGUCAGUUGGCUCAAACUCAUGUGGCGGCCCGACAGCUUCUUCAAGAAUGCCAAAAAGGUGACCUUCCAGGAAAUGACCGUGCCAAAUCACUACAUCUGGCUCUACCAGGACAAGACCAUUCUUUACAUGGUCAAGCUCACCCUCAUCUUGUCGUGUGCGAUGAACUUCAAGAGCUACCCUCACGACACCCAGCAGUGCGCCAUGAAGAUCGAAAGCUUGUCGCACACGACAGACGACCUGGUGUUCAUCUGGGACCCGAUUGUGCCCCUUGUGGUAGACGACCGCAUCGAGCUGCCUCAGCUGGACAUUGUCAACAACGCGACCGGCGAUUGCACACAACUUUAUUCAACUGGAAACUUCACCUGCCUGGAGGUGAGUUUCACGCUGAAGCGUCGCCUCGGCUACUACCUCUUCCACACCUACGUCCCCACCUGUCUCAUCGUCAUCAUGUCGUGGAUUUCGUUUUGGCUCAAACCGGAGGCUGUGCCCGCCAGGGUCACCCUCGGGGUCACCUCUCUGCUCACCCUCUCCACGCAACACGCCAACUCGCAAAAGUCGCUACCUCCAGUCUCUUAUAUUAAGGCCAUCGACGUCUUCAUGUCCAGCUGCACAGUCUUUGUGUUUUGCUCGCUGAUGGAGUACGCCCUUGUCAACAUCAUACUCGGCGAUCUGAUUGACGACGCAGAGAACCCAGUCAUGAUAAGGAAGAUGGUCAAGAAACUGCAGAGCCAAUCUGGACAGGGAAUGUCGAGCGGCGCGGGUGGCUCCAAUGACGGCCCACUCGGCUCGUCGUGCAACAACCAGGCCAAGAGCAACGGUGGCGGCUCGGAGACGACCGAGUUGAUGGGACCACCCCCGCCGCCGCCGCCGGGGCAGCCAGGGUACCACGGGGCGCUGCCGCCCCCGAUCAGCGAGCGGCUGUGCCGGCAGCAGGCGCGCCACCAGCGGAGGCGCGACAGGGCCCUCUUCAUCGACCGCUUCUCGCGCGUCUUCUUCCCGCUCUCAUUUAGCGUGCUCAACAUCAUGUACUGGACCGUGUUUGUCGAGUACUACUACUAAUACAUGCGCCUCGACUGCUACAAAAAGACAAUCCGUCGUCCUAGAUUGAAUACUUGUAACCUCUACCUGAAGCAUAUCCUGCGUAAAUACGAAGUCACACACUAAACUUUUUUAUUUUGAAAGAAAUUUUUUCAACAGUUAUUUGAUUUUCAUUGAUUAAAUAAUGAGCUUGGUUAUUUGAAGAAGAUGGUUCACCGAAAUUCUCCCAAAAUUAUUGAGUUCACUUUUUAUCUUUUGACAUAACUUUGGUUCUGACUAUCAAAUUUCAUACAAUUUUUACUAAAUCAAAGCUAUUUUUGAAUAAUUUGAUGACAAAAUUUGUGAUUAGUUUAAAAGGUAAAUAAUUGAAAUGGGUUGUUUAAUAUUUUAUAAUUUUUGAAAUCUUGGGUGCCCACCAGUAAAUUAAUUAUUAAAAUCUUCCACGUAGCUUAAAAUUUAUAAUGCAUAUAAAACGUUGAUUUUUUUAUCUUGCUUUGGUGACCCAGACUCAUAGAAUAGAAAAAAUAAUUAAUAAUCCAACUCUCUACAUUUGCAACUAUUUUUAAAAUUUUAAAGUCACAAUUUUUUCAUUCCACUAGUUAAUACUACUUCAUUACCUAGAUUUCAAUUUGCAUUUUUAGUAAAGUUUUUACUCGCCGAAAAUUUGCAUUUAAUAACUUUCAGUGAUAUACUAUAGAGUCGCCAAAUUUUCAAAGAUCUUGUCAUAUGGUUGUGAAUGUAAGAAUUCCAUUUUUUUCUAAUUUAAGUAAAUGUGAUGCAUUUAAGCACAUUUAAGUUAAUAAGCUUUUUUGAUAAUACAAUAGGUAAUAUAUAAAAAAAUCUCACAAAUUUAAAAGACACAAAAUAUGGAGCAAAUAAUUACGGAGGAAUUAAUUACCUCUCAAUAAAUUGCAAAUUUAACGCUUCUUGUUACUUCUCAAAUUCGCUCAAGUGUAAACGCAUCAAUCUCUUCCCAGCUUAAAAUCUCACUUUUUGAAUAAAUAAUAAUUUUUAAAACUAAUCUACAUUAUAAGCAGUCGUCGGUCCUUGAGAUUGACCUCAAAAUAAAUCUCUAUUUUAAAACUAUUUCCAUACAUUAAGGUAUUCUGCGAAAUUCUCUUCGGUGCCAAAACAAUCAUCAUUAAACUUGCGAAUUUUAAUAGAUUAGCUAUUUUUUUCUGCGGUCAAAAAAUUAACAAAUUAAAUAUUAUGUUGAAGCAUAAACUGCUUUUUAAUGCAUAAAAAUGAGUUUAUUAUUAUUUGCAUUAUUAAUAUUGUUCAUUUUUUCAAAAAUAUCUGCAAAUGUUUAUGUUGAAUUUAUUCAAUCUCAUUUUAUUCGAAAGAAUGUUAUUUAAAGAAAUUCAAAUCUCAAUAAAAUUGUAUCUAAAUGACUAAAUUGGUCAUCAAAUAAAAUCAGGUGCUAAAAAAAUUAGUGUAAAUUUUACAACAAAUGCUUCCUUUUGUUGCCAAACAUAUUCGUCUCUGAAAUCAAGAGUUUUAAACAAUACAAAAAUAAUGACAUUUCUUAUUUUUGUGGAAAAAACUGGAAAAACCUACUAAAAUUUGCAAGUCUAUAAAUAAUACACAAGCAACACAAAGUAAACCCUCAUUAUUCAUUAGUUUGAAAUUUUCUUAAAACCCUGGCGAAUUUGUAGUUUCUCAUUUCAAAGUAGUUUUAUUAAAUUGUCUACGCAUCUUAGCAGCUCAUUGUCUCAAUAACAAAAUAACAUGCAUGUAUUUUCAGUACAAAAUGGUGUACUUUGUAUUUUCAUCGCAUUCAACCUUGAGCAAAAUUUUUAUACCGCAAAGUUAUAUAAAUAUGUAACAUUCUAAAGAAUCAAGUGGAUUCCCCACAGGUGGGGGAUGUAAUUUAAUCGAGAGAGAUAAAUUCGCAGAUAAAUAAAAUAUAGAUCUCCUUAAAUUUAAGAAUAGGUUAGGAAAUCUUCUUUAACAAUAAAAAACGUGCUGAAAUAAGUUUCCGCAUAAUGCUCAAAAGUACAAUUUACAAAAAAAAUAAGGUUUCAGUCUUUUUUAACUUUAAAAUUGAAAUCCUCUCGCAUUUGAUCCUGAUCCCUUACCAAUUGGAAAUCGAAUUUUCAAUCGAAGUUUUAUGCAAUUUGUGUAAAUAUUUAAACUGUUCAUAAAUCAGAGGAAUUUAUUACUGUUGUGUUGAUGGAUGUGAUCGCUGAUUAUUGUUGCACUGUGUCAUAAGCUCUUGAUUGUUGUUUGUAAA